UGCGUACAAGAAAGGCACCUCUGGGAGAAAAGAUCCACGUGGGGGAAUGGGGGGAAAGUGUCUAGGGAAAAGCAGCUAGGCUGAUUUUUGAUGGUCUGCUGAUACUGACCAUUUGUGAUAACCACGACGGUUUUGUCACAUCAACCACGGUUGUAAAAGAGAAAGACUCCCUUUACUUCUUCUCGACAGCUCACACUUGGCUCCACUCGGCUCCCAUAUAGGAUCAAAAAUCCAAAUUUUGAGCCGAUCGACUCCUUUAUGUUUUUUUCUUGUUUUUCGAGCUUGUCGCCAUAUCGAUCCAAACGUAAACAAACAUUCGUUUCAGACACGACUAAAGCUUCUUUGUGUAAUGCUUGUAUAACGGGAUAGCGGCCUGGCAACAGAACCUCCCUGUACCACAGAACUUGCUCUCAAACAGCCUGUUAUGUCGUCGCCAAAGGUCACCAAGGCAGCUGCGUUUUUAAACAGCAUUUCUGCCGAUGAAGGUGGUGAUGUCAUUCCGGUUUUGAAACCAAAACAGAUUAAUGACAACGAGACUGCUUCCAAAAAGACUCUUGUUUCUCCCACCGCUUCUCCCAUCAAAAAAAGCGAAAGACCCCUUACAUCGGUCCAGCAGAUGAUUAAGGCCAAGGAGCAGGAAUCCAAGGAAAAUCGUGCUCUUGAUUUUACUCCACGGCCUGAUAACAAAUCUAUCAAGGACAGAAGAAACGUCUUCGUUAAACAGCAGGAGACAAACAUCGAAUCGGAUAAACUGUCCAAGAGUGAAAUCAACAGAAUGGGGGUCAUAAAUAACGCAAUGUCCAAUUCACCAUCGAAAAAGAAUUUGAAUAAAUUGAAAGAUAUCCAAUCCCGAUUGGAACACUUUUCUCCUGUGCCGAACAAAAAAGAGGCAGUCUCAAACUCCAAGACUAGUAGCGUCUUACCCAAGACCUUUAGCACGAAAAAUAUAAACAAGAAUUUGACAACACCUUCCUCCAUUGCCAUCAAAACAUGGCUUGACACUGAUCGGGAUAACCUGAAAUUGGCUGCAUAUGUAUGCCGAAUGGUUGAGAUAAAAAAUUGGAUUGAAAACUUAUUGAGCGUCGACCUACUGUUGGAGAACUCUGAUAUAGAUCAAUUUCCCGACUAUCUUUCCAAUGGUAUCUUGUUAGCGCAAAUUGCUCAACACUUUGAUCCCGAGCACAUCAAAAGAGUUUACACAGGUCUCAAGCCCUCAAGUGCAGGGGAUGAACCUAUAAACUACAAAAUGACCACCAAACAAUUCAAGUACAUUGAGAAUAUUGUGCAGUUUUUAGACUUUUCUCGCCGAGUAAAGCUUCCGUCCCUCUUUAUUUUCGAAACUAACGAUCUCUACGAAAAAAAGGAUAUACCAAAAGUAAUUGCUUGCUUACAUGCGCUCAGCUGUCUAAUGGCCAUGCUUGGUAGGUCUGCUCCAGUGGAAAAGCUUGCAGAAGGCGAAGAAGUGUCAAAGACGUUGCUAGCUUUGAAUGUUAACGUUGACAAGCUGAAACAAAUCAAACAUAAAGUUGGCAGAUUUGGAGGUACCUUAGGCCGGAAGUAUGUGGAAGGUUUUGACGAAGCGGUCAGGGUAAAUGUUGGUGAUGACAUUAGAAAGCUCCAGUUGGUUCAGAUACCGCAAAACAAGUCCAACAAGGAGAAAACUCCUGAAGUGGAGAAUACCUCAAAAGCUUCCUCAGAUGUGAUAUUUGAACCUAAAUCAUCCGCUGAAGAGCCCGAUGAGAUUCUCUUGUCAGUCUCUGACAAUAACGACAAAUCUCUAUUGAGCCUUGACUUUGAUAAAACUGACCUAGAUUUAGGCUUAUCUGAUACCCAGGAGGGGGGGCAUGGAUCUUCAGGAGAUAACUUUUCUUCUUCAACUAUGUCCUCUCCUUCCUCUCCCUCCUCUCCAAUCAUACUUCCACCUUCAGCAAAAGACCAAGAGUAUACGCGUGAUGCACGUCUCCUCUUCAACAAAUCCUCCAUGAUACCAUCAAUGCCCUCAGUUCAUUCAAUCUCAGAGAUACAAAAAAAAUAUCAGUUUUUAAUUGAUGAGGAAGAACGAGAGCUUUUAGGUGGUAUCUUAACAGAAGUAUCAUUCAAUAAUGAGAAAGUGCAUUUGUACAAUAACGGCUUUGCAAAAUCUUCGUUAAUAACGCCUCCUCAAACGGCAGACUCCCAUAAGCCAUCCUCUCCAGAUGAAGAUUUAAUUAGAUUACAAUCCUUAGCCCGUGGAUAUCUUUUACGUUUUGAUCUGUUUGUUACAAAAGCCAUUUUGAAGGGUAAUACUAGUUCUGUUAUAUCAUUCCAAUCAAUAUGUCGUGGUAUUAUGGUUCGUCAAAAACUCAACCUUAGAAAGAAGAAUACGGUUGUGACAACUGACGCUUUUAUCGAUAUUGAUGCUUUAGAUUUGUCUUCUUUAAAUGAAUACGGGAACUCAGAGAUGAUGAAAACAAUUCUGAAGAACAAGAGGAGGCAUGGUGAGCUCCUCAAGAACUUAUCAAGUCUCCGUGAAAAUCAAACUGAUAUUUCAAAUUUACAGUCAUCUAUUAGAGGUAUGUUCAUGAGGCAAAAAUAUUGGGAAAUCAGAAAAUUCUUACUCCAUGAAAUGAACUUAGUCAUAAAGUUACAAUCAGUCAUACGAGGUGAUUUGACCAGAACAAAGAUUAAAGACAAAAGCUAUUUCAGGAAAAAAUUGUUCACCAGUAAAACUGACAAUAAUGAAACAUUUUCCCGUAAGAAUGUUAAUAUACUUGAUUCACCAACAAAAAAAGCCAAGGUCAAACCAAAGCGUGUCAGCCAUGCCAAUGAUGACCAAAACCCACUAAUUGCUCCAUAUGAUGAGAACGAAUUAUUUGAACAGUUCGAUAUUCCAACUGCCCCAUCAAGAAGACACUCAUCAAAGGACCUGCAUGAAAGCAGUAGAAAGUCUCCGAGGAAAAAACCUGUAUAUGGACUACAGGAACGUUAUGAACUACCUGAACCCGGAAAAGUACCAAGAAGAAAAGAGACACGAAGAGAAAACGCAAAGUACAUACCUAACCUUCCAAUUGAGGAACCUUUGACUCCACCCAAAGAAAAAAAAUCACUCUCGAGACUGCAGCAUUCACCAACAAAGGUUAGCUUGAGUGAAUUUGUUAUACCAUCUGAAAGCAGAGUAUCUUCAACUAAUACUGUGCUAUUCAAAGAUUCAAAGGCUAAUCAAAAUAUGGAUGAUAUUGUUACUACUGAACAAAUGGCUGAACUGGAUAAUGCCAAGGAUGAUGUAACUGAAUUACAAUCUCAUAUUAGAGGUGCUUUGACUAGAAAGCGCUUGAAUAAAUUUAUUGAUAAAAUUUAUGAUAACGAACAGACAUUCUUAAGCUUUGUGGCUUUGGCAAAAGGUGUGCUGAUCCGAAAAACUUACAAAGAGUUGAGAAAAGAACUAUCAAACUCUCAAAAUGAGAUCAUCACCCUUCAAAGUAUAUUGCGGGGAAUUGAAUCCCGAGUAGAUCAUGAUUGUUUGAUUGAAGAUAUAUGUGAUUCUGCUGGUUCCGUCAUAAAUUUACAAAGUGAAAUUCGUGGUUUUCUUGUUAGAACACGUAUAAGGGACAGAGAAGCAUGGUUUCAAAAACCUGAAAAUCUAAUCAAAAUAUGCCGUUUACAAGCUAUUAUCCGGGGAUUGCAUGGUGUACAGGAUUAUAAGACUUUGAUUGAAGAAAAGAAUCCACCUGUCAGGGCCGUUAAGAAAUUUAUUGGGGUACUUGGAGGACUCGAGGCUGAGAAAACAACAAGAGAAGAGCUAGAUAUCAUGAAAUUGAGGGAAGAGAUCAAGUCAGAAAAGAACCAUGUCAAAGAAGAACUUAAAAAGCUGUCCAAACUAAAAACAAAGGUAGAAAUUUUGAGAAAGAAUGGAAUCAACAUUAAGAAUGUUGAAGGCGGAUUGAAAAAUAAUGUCAAUGCAGGAAAUGCUGUUCUUACAAAGCUAAUUGAUGUGGAAGAUAUCAUUGGGGGUAACAACUCAAAGUUCAGUAAUGAUGUCAAUACUGAGGUGAUAACCAAGAGAGAAUCUGACCUUUUGAACGAAUGUAUUGGGAGCUUUUUCUACAUCCUCCAAGCAAAACCAGAAUAUUGGGCUAGAGUUUUGAACUAUAUUGAAAUGACUGGUGACUUGGUUGAGUUUUCGCAUGGCCACAUUGAGGAUUGGAUCUUGAAGUGUUUUAACUAUCGUGAUAAUGAUACCAAUGCUGUUGCAGAACAAACUCGAGAAGAAUGUUUAUACGUUAAGCUCAUUAUCUGCACUUUCAAUUUGCACAUUUCUAGGUUAUCUGAUGAUAGCUAUAAAAGAAUGAUAAAGAGAAGGCGGGAAUUAGAAAAUUCUGACGUCAAGUACUGGGAACUUUUAUUACAUGCGUACCUCAAUCUUCCUCCGCAAAGAACACUUACAAAAACCUUACUAGGUGAUGCCGUGUUUUUAAUAACCUCUGAUGAUGAAGUAUCAUUUGAAUGCGAUCCUUGGAAGAUAUUUAGCAACUUGGUAGAAUCAUCAGAUAAAAUUACAGAGGCACAGAAAAUAAAUGUCGAUGUUGGAAACCUUGAACCGCUCGAUAUUUCAUGUGUUGAAAAAGAAUAUGUGAAGAACAUGCAAAAUUUAAGAGCAUCCGUCUACGAAAUUUUUAAAUAUUUGAAGAAAAUAGUCUCUAGUAUUCCUAUCUACAUCAAAUGCCUAUGUCGUGAAUUUUAUGAAGCAUUGAAGUCGAAUAAAAAUGUUUCUGACUCAUAUCACUUAGAAAUGGUCGGAAUAGUAUUCAUUCAGUGUUAUGUGCUUCCCAUUUUCCGUAACCCUGCAAAUUUUUCAAUCGAUUUGUUUGCAAUCAGUGAUGAUCUAGCUAUUGUCGAGACCAUAACCAGAAACAUAGAACUUGCUUCAAUUCUUUUAAAUCAAUGUGUCUUGAUGAGACAUUUUGAUGUCGACCAAUACCCAUAUUUGAUUAGCUUGAAUCCUUUUAUUGAUGAGCUGAGUGGCCAGAUGAAAGAAUUUAUCAAUGAGCUAAUCGAUGUGCCACUAACUGAUGUUAGUUACAGAAAAAUCAUGCUUGAAUCUAGCCAAGAGAAUAUGAUUCUAAAAAUACAAUACGAUGACAUUGGAGAAUUGGUAUGUAUCUGGAAAGAAUUUUUGAAUGAGAUUUUUGGUGACCAUGGUGAUCUGUUGUAUUACAGUAUCAAGGAGAUAGAAGAGUCACUAGGCAUAGAUAAGAAAAAGGGUAUCAGAAAGUUGCCUUGCGAUCAAUACGGUUACACAAAUAUCAAGCUAGUUGAUGACAAAGAGGAAGGAGUCGAAAAAAUUGUCGGGGAGGCAAUGAUGCUUGAGGUGAAGAAAUACAUGAUAUACAUUCUCCAAGUUCAAGAUGGUAAGGAUUUGGUUGAUUUGCUAGUUAGUGAAAUAGAACCUGCAGAUGAGCUGAAAUUCAAAGAAAUUGUCAAAGAGGAAAAGAAAUUAUUAAAACGCAAUUCUGAUCAACCUGUUCAAAUACUUGAAAAGAAGUCGAUUGAUCAAAUCCAUAACUCUAGUUUUCCUCAGGUGAAAAAGCAUGCUCUAGAGUUGAUAUUUGAGCUAGAGAAACUCGGCAUGAUUUCGCAAAGAGAUGGAUACCAGAAUUUACUCAAUGAUAUUGCGAAUGAAAUUCGUAAUAAGAGGAAACAGCAAGAAUCCCGUGAUGCCGAAAAAGCUGUGAUUGUUGAAACGUUGACCGAACUGAAGAGACGUAGCAGAACCUACCAAAAGAAGUAUGAGGAGUACGAAAAUACAAUUCGUGGAGUAUUGAACGAGCAUUUAAUGAAGGGCGUUCAAAAUGAGGAAGAUAAUCCCGAUAGCGAAGAGAGUGGUAAGCAGAGUAAGGCAUUUUUGUCUAAGUUGUUCAGCAGAUCUGGACGGAGAAUUAAAAAGCGUGCCCAAGCUCUCCACAAGUCGAAGAACGGAUCUGGAAAUGCUCUCUAUGGUCAACAUAAAAUGACCUUGAAACAUUUGAUGGAUAAAGGCGUGAUAAGAACUGUUGGAGAUGGUAUUGAAUCAAUGGGUAGCAGCGGAGGGUUUACUGGAUUUACUGGUUCGUCCAAGCUUAACCGGGUAAAUGUUGUCUUUAGCUGCAACAAACCGGGCUAUUUCACUAUAGAACUGACUAAUAGCAGCGAGAAGGGCGUUUUCAAUGUCACCUUGGACGAGCUUCUUAUCUGGCAGUACGAGGAUCAGAUGGAUGUGAAAGCAUUCGACGGAGAGGUAGUGUUUUUCAGUGGCGGAUUGCUGAAGUUUAUCUUGGGCAACUUCUACAAUGUUUAGAGACAAUAUCGCAUGUAUUAUGUAAUCAUCGUAUAACAAUUUCCCUUUUCAGCUAUUGUUGAUUUUCCAACAUGGAUAGGUAUGUAAGCACACCC